AGAUCUAUCACUGAUAGGUUAAGACGCACCAAGAAAGGCGCUGAUUGGUUAAAAGUUUCCAAAUGGGCGGUUACUCUUGUUCUGGUCUGCGGUCCUCUUGAAUCACAAAGCCUGCGGGGAAGUGCUGCUGAGCGAGGCUGCUGCAGGGAAUAGGGCUUUGUUAUUUCCUUCUUUUUGUCUGUGUUUUGCGGAGAUUUUGCCUCAUCACAAACACACGCCAGGGACAUCACUAUCAUCCUUUUUGUAACAGAUCCAGCGGGAUUCUACCCACUCAGGAAAAAACACACGAAAAAAGAAUCAGGGUUGAAAGACAGCAGUGGAAGCAGCUGCAUUUCCCUGUAUGAAAGUGCUCCUGGAAAAUAAGUUGUUCAGAUUACUUGCAGCAGUGGUCUUAAAAGUUUUAGGGUGCAGCAGACCCCCCCUGGUACCUCACCUGCUUACCUCAUGACCAAAGCGCCGCCAGAUACCACCUACUACCCCCCUUUAGCUGUCUUCACUUAUUGGAUGUUGACUUUGCUAUGAGAAAGUGAGCACAUGGGUAUAGCAAACCUAUUGGAUUUACAGUGAUCUUAUAAACUUAUUAGAACUCAGAAGAUUAUUAACAGUUUUUGGGGUUUUUAAAUUGAAAGUCAUAUAAUUAUCUGCUUGAACAUGGAACGCCAGUGUGUGUUGCUUUUUAUAGGGAUAAUAGCAUUUUCGGACUCAGCUAGAGGUCCUCCACGGAUCUCCGACCAAGUGAACCACAGGCAAACCGUAAGAUUGGGUAGAACCAUUAAGCUCCUAUGUCCCGUAGAAGGUGAUCCUCCUCCACUUACCAUGUGGAUGAAGGAUGGACGUACAAUCCAUAGUGGCUGGACAAGGUUCAGGGUCUAUCAACAAGGGAUGAAGAUCAAAGAGGUGGAGAGCGAAGAUGCUGGAGGCUAUAUCUGUAAGGCCACCAAUGGAUUCGGAAGCAUCAACGUAAAUUACACUCUCAUUGUUAUUGAUGACUCAAGUGCAGGGAAGACCAAUCAACCUCCCGAGGGACCCAAUCCAGAGUUUGAAGACUUUUCUGGCAAGCAGUGGGCUCGGCCUCGGUUUACGCAGCCUGCAAAAAUGAGAAAAAGAGUCAUCGCAAGGCCAGUGGGAAGCUCAGUACGACUCAAGUGCACAGCAAAUGGAAAUCCUAGGCCGGAUAUCACCUGGCUGAAAGAUAGCAAACCUCUAACCUCUCAGGAAAUUGGAGAGAAUAAAAAAAAGAAAUGGACACUCAACCUAAAAAACCUUAAGCCUGAGGACAGUGGAAAAUACACUUGCCAGGUUUAUAACAGAGUGGGACAAAUUAAUGCGACAUACAAAGUAGAAGUAAUCCAGAGGACAAGAUCUAAACCAAUAUUAACUGGAAACCAUCCUGUCAACACCACAGUGGAUUUUGGAGGAACCACAUCAUUCCAGUGUAAAGUUCGUAGCGAUGUGAAGCCAGUUAUCCAAUGGUUAAAGAGAGUGGAAUAUGGCUCAGAGAACAAAUACAAUUCUACUAUUGACGUUGGGGGACAGAAAUUUGUGGUUCUGCCAACAGGAGAAGUUUGGUCUCGGCCUGACGGUUCCUAUUUAAAUAAACUUAUCAUCACACGAGCCAAAGAAGAAGACGCUGGCAUGUACAUCUGUCUUGGUGCUAACACAAUGGGCUAUAGUUUCAAAAGUGCUUUUUUGACCGUGUUGCCAGACCCAAAGCCGCCCAGUGCACCUGUAUCCUCUUCAACAAGCAGUCUUCCUUGGCCAGUGAUAAUCGGGAUACCUGCCGGAGCCGUCUUUAUAUUUGGGACAAUUCUCUUGUGGUUGUGUCAGACCAAAAAGAAAUCUUGCUCUCCUCCAGCUGCUGCAACUGUCCAUAGGCAGCAGCCUAGGGUCUGUAUACCGCAGAUGCCUGAUAAAGAUUGCAUUUCUUCCAUAAACUAUGAAGAGUACGUUGCUCAGCAGCAGCAUUUAUUGCCGCAAGGACCUGUUUUAGCACCCGGAGUGGCGUCAAAAAUGUACCCAAAGAUUUACACAGAUAUCCACACUCAUACACAUUCUCAUGUGGAAGGCAAAGUUCACCAACAUCAACACAUUCAUUACCAGUGUUAAUUGCUUGCCGGACACCAUUAGUUUUUUUCAUCAGUGGUACCUCAAAAAGACUGCUUGGUUAAGCUAACACUGCCAGUAGAAUGUUAUAUUUCAUACAAACAACUAUUAGACGUUCAAAUUAAAUAAUGAAGGAUAACAGAAUUUCCCCCACCAGAUUGGGGUUGUUCUAGUUGCUGUAUUUUGUUUUUUGGCAAAGAAGAAGAGUUGUGUUUCUACAGCAACUGGGACAUACAUUAACUCACCAUUAUAUUACACCCAGGGGUCUUCCGUGCCUGUUAUUUAUGUGAUCUUCAGUAUUUGGUGUCUUUUUCUUUCUGGACUCAAAAUUCUAAACAAAUCAUCAUAACAAAAAAAAUGUUACUGCCAAAAAAAAAAAAGAAGGAAAUUCAAGAAUGAAAAACAAUAAAAUAACAGCUAAAUAGCCUCGAAUAUAAGCUAGCUUUUUCUGGCAAAGGGUAAAUUAUGUGUACAUCAGUACCAUUUCAUUGUAUUUGUGGGCAACAGAUGAAUUCCUUAAAAUACCUAGUUAUUAUUUUCAUCAACACAGCAAACAGUUAUAAGAUAAAAAAAACACUAUUAAACCUAUUUAUAACUUUACAUAUCUGCUACCGUUAGAUUGAUCGUCAUUUUCUUUAAGCAGCGUCACAAUUUGCAAAACGCUGACCAAUGGAAUUAUCAUGUGGGCUACAAUAUGCUACUUUGUAGGAAGAAAAAAAAAAAGGUACUAGAAAAUGUAUUUAGCUGCUGGAAAGAAUCAUCUAUCAAAUGCAAAAUAUCACAAACCAGAAAGAGUUUGAAUUACUAAUUUAAUUUCAUACAUCUGAAAAUUUAUAUUUUCGUUGAUAAAAGCAAUAGCAUUUCAAGGACUUUAAAAAGAUGCCUUAUACUCAUUAUGUUGGUGAUAUGGACUUCAUAAAACUUUUAUUGAGUAUAGAAAACGUGUAAUUCUAUAUAGAUUUUAAACUAAAGCCAUGUAUAUUUAAUUUAUUUUGUUAAACAGAAAAAAAUGUCUAUGUAAAAUAUUAUUUUCAACAAAAGGUAAUUUCUAUACAUAUUUUUGGAGUGAAUUUUUAAAUAUCUUUUAUCUGUGACUCCCAAAGUGACAAUGUAGCAAAACAGUGGGUAUUUAAAUACUGCAGUUUGAGGCAGCUGUUGACUUUGAAAUGGGCCAAACAUGCACUUUGAUUGCUUUUUUUCACAGUGAAGAGCUACCUCAACGUGGUUCAUAAACCACCAUCAAAGAUGGAGUCAUAUUUUUUUAUACUUUGCUAAAUAUAACUCAAUAAUAAUGCCCAACAUAUUGACAAUCUUGUACAGUACGUCCCUAAUUCCGAAGGUAAAUGCUUUAUCAGAUAUUUACAUAAAAAAUAGAAAUGUCAAAAAUAUUUUAAAUACUUUUUAAGUAUUGCAAAUAUAUUUCAGAACCUGUAUAUAUGUGUGAAUGGGAAUGUUUUUGUUUGUAGGUGAAUGUGUUUGUGUGCAUGUCUGUGUAUCUGUUUGUGUGUACGUGCAUGUCUGUGUGUGUAUCUAUAUGUGUGUGUGUGUGCAUGUCUGUGUGUGUAUUUAUGUGUGUACUGUGUAUCUGUGUGUGUGUAUCUAUGUGUGUGUGUACGCGCAUUUCUGUGUGUGUGUUUAUUAUUAUUAUUAUCGGUUAUUUGUAGAGCACCAACAGAUUCCGCAGCGCUAUCUAUGUCUGUGUGUAUCUGUUUGUGUAUCUAUGUCUGUGUGUGUGUAUCUAUGUGUGUGUGUGUGCGUCUGUGUGUGUAUGUAUCUAUGUCUGUGUGUAUCUAUGUGUGUGUGUAUCUAUAUGUGCGCGCAUGUCUGUGUGUUUAUCUAUGUGUGGGUAUGCGUAUGAGUUUACGUUAAAAAUGACAUCUAGUAUAAAGUGAUAAAUACAAAUGUUGACCUUUUAACGCAACCAUCCAUCAUAAAUCUUAAGGGUUUUUUCCCCAAGAAAACUAAUUUGGCUGUACAUAUUCAUAAAACAAAUUAUUCAUAUUUAAUCAAGUUGGGAGAACUAAUGUUUUAAGUCUAUUAUGGAAAUGUGCUCAAUUUUAAGCAUGCGAAAAAAUAACCCAUAUUAAAUUUGCUGAACUGAUAGAUAAAUCAGUAAUAUUGGGAGAAAUGUAUCAUAUUUUUUAGUGCUCUAUGACAUUCAGAUCAUGUUCAGUGAUAAAAUGAUUAUAAGAGACUCUACGAUGUAUUCACUAAAGCAUUGCAUGUCUUCCUAUAAAAUAAGGUCUGUUUAUUUAAAUUGACUUUGCUUUAAUGAAUAAAUCCCUAUUAUCUAUACAUCUUCCACUAAAACAUAUGCAUCUUUCCAAUUGGUGGGUGUGUUUGAAAAGGUAAAUCAAAUUCCUGACUUGUUUCAUACAUAUUUUUUGUACGAGAAUUUAUUUUUGCUAAAAACUUCUAAAAGAUUUUUUUUUUUUGUAAAUGCGUGAACAGUGCUGUUUUACCUAAUGAAGCUAAAUAUGUAAAAAAAUAUUUCCUCUGCAUCUGCUCUUUUUCAGAUAUGUAAAAGUGUACAGUAUACAUUUUUUUGUAUAGUAAGAUGUGUAUAAAAUGUGCCAUAUGAAGUUCUCAUAAAAUCUGCUUAUGGUUCAGAAAUUA